GCUUCAGUCAACGCGCUUCAAUGACGACCACAGCACGCCCCGCACUUACUAGGAGACUCCGUCGCAUUGCCUGAAUAAUACUUGAAAAUCUAUGGAAUAUACUACCAAUUACUAAAGCGCGUUGCACAAUUCCCUGACUUGACCUUCGGACCGACCACCACCUGGACAAAAAUUCAUUUUCGCUUUUCAUUCAAUUUGCAUUCCUUUUUUCUUUUGUGUUUUUCGCACACGUGUUUCUGUUCCUCCCCACACAUACACACACAUACACACAGACAUCAUUUCGGCAGUGACUUUUUUUUUGGGUUACAUUGAAAAAAAAGUACUUCGACUGCCAACAAAAUCCCAUUACGACCCGACCUCUAAUUUGACCAAUUGACGGAAAAUUAAUUGCGCUUAAAAUUAAUUAACAAAACUAUGCAUAUUUUUUUAACGUGAAACGAGCGUGUUAUUUGUCCAUCUGAUUUUAUAGUUGAUUGUGUUUAAGUAAAUUAAUUGAGCUAUUUAUGUUUUUGUGCUUCGAUCCAAAUUCAAUUUGCGAUCACAAUUUAAAUGCCUUUCGUCGAGAGAUUUCAACAAAUACGAAAUUUUGUUAUGAACGUCUGUCUCGUGGAGGCCAUCCAAUUCGUCCAGGACUUAACGCAUGCCAUUUGCUUGGACUUUCAGGGAUUGUUCAACCUAAAGUAGAGAUCCCCGAGCGAUCUCUCAUCGCUCUCUUCAUCAGUACACCUGUAAGCAAUAUU